CACUCUCCCCCCCCUCCCCCCCCUCUCUCUCUCUCUCUCUCCUCUCUCUGAACUCCCGCCGCCGUCGUCGACCCCUCCGCCUCCGUCUCUGGUCGUCGUCGCCGCCUCGAGAUCUGCCGCUGGUCUUCAUCGCCGCUUCCAGAUCGGCCUCCGGUUGUCGUUGCCGCCUCCAGAUCCGCCUCCCGUCGCCGCUCCACAAGAGGUGGUCAUUUGUGAAAUUGCUUUGUAGUGCAUUUGCAUUUGCUCUGACGUGUAUCCAUCAUGUUUGGGCGUGCUCCAAAGAGAAGUGAUAACACAAAGUACUAUGAGAUUCUUGGUGUCUCCAAAAGUGCAAGUCAAGAUGAGCUCAAAAAAGCAUAUAGAAAAUCUGCCAUAAAGAACCAUCCAGACAAAGGUGGAGAUCCUGAGAAGUUCAAGGAACUGGCUCAAGCAUAUGAAGUUCUUAGCGAUCCCGACAAAAGAGAAAUUUAUGAUCAAUAUGGUGAAGAUGCUCUUAAAGAGGGAAUGGGAGGGGCUGGUGCUUCCCACAGUCCAUUUGAUAUAUUCGACCAAUUUUUCGGUGCUGGAGCCUUUGGUGAUUUUGUAGGAGGUGGUGGUAGUUCAAGAGGUAGAAAGAGGCACGGUGAAGAUGUAGUACAUACUCUAAAGGUCUCUUUAGAGGAUUUGUAUAAUGGUGCGACUAAGAUGCUCUCUAUUUCAAGAGAUGUCUUGUGCCCUAAAUGUAAAGGGAAAGGAUCAAAGAGCGGGGCAUCUGGAAGAUGUUAUGGCUGCCAUGGUACUGGAAUGAAAAUCUCAACGCGUCAGAUUGGACCAGGCAUGAUCCAACAGAUGCAACAUGUAUGCUCUGAAUGCCAGGGCUCAGGGGAGGUCAUCAGUGAGAGAGAUAGAUGCCCACAGUGCAAAGGCAACAAGGUGAGACAGGAAAAGAAAGUGCUGGAGGUGCACGUUGAGAAAGGGAUGCAGCACGGUCAGAGGAUUGUCUUCGAGGGAGAAGCAGAUGAGGCUCCAGAUACGGUUACAGGAGACAUUGUUUUUGUAGUGCAACAGAAGGAGCACCCCAAGUUCAAGCGGAAGUAUGACGACCUCUACAUAGAACAUUCUCUGAGUUUAACCGAAGCUCUUUGUGGGUUUCAGUUUGCCCUAACCCAUCUCGAUGGUAGGCAACUUCUCAUUAAAACAAAUCCCGGCGAGGUCAUCAAGCCCGAUCAGUACAAGGCAAUCAACGACGAGGGAAUGCCGCACCAUCAGAGGCCCUUCAUGAAGGGCCGCCUUUUCAUCCAAUUCGAUGUGGAGUUCCCGGAGUCUGGAUUUCUUUCUCCUGACAAGUGCCGGGCUUUGGAGGCGAUUCUACCAUCGAGGCUGGGCCAGCAUUGUUCAGAGAUGAAGUUGGAGGAGUGCGAGGAAGCCACUCUGCACGAUGUCGACAUCGAGGAAGAGAUGAAACGGAAGGAGUUUCAACGGCGGCAAGAGGGUUAUGACGAGGACGAUGAUGAUGACGAGCCAACCAUGCACCGUAUGGCAUGUAAUCAGCAAUAAUAAUCUUCUGAGAUAUAUUAUAUAAGCUCUCUGCAUUUCUGACAUAUGCUUGCUUGCUAGGGUUUGUAGCAACAUACAUACAUAUAUGUGUCUUUUAACUGCAAUGUUCUUGCUUUCCCCAUAUAAUUUAAUUUUGAUUUGAUACAACAUGUCAUAUGAUGUUUUGAUAUUUGAUAUAGUAUGGAAUGGAAUGAGAACGUUGCUGCGUUUUGUUUA